AUGCCUAGAAUACGACCGGGAAUGAAAAAGCCACCACCAGGCUUUGAGGUCAUCAAUGACGUGUUAGAUACCUAUGAGGAUGCAAUGAAGCUUGCGUUGCAAGCGGAAUCUGAUGGAGUAGUUGGGCAGACGAGUUGUCCGCGUAGAACUAAAGACAAUAGUAGCUUUGCAGAGGGAAAGCGCAGAAGAGUAGAAGGAGUACACGCAGAGGAUAACAUAAACGAUGCUGAGGAUAAUGAAGUAAAUAAUUUUGAAGAGUCAUCACAGAACGAUCACAACGAUCAGCAUACCGUUGAGCGUAUUCCACCGCUGUGGCGAAUUGCCAAAAUCAACUAUGAGCGCACACGCUACGUUUUUGAUGCCUUUUUUCGCCUGAAAACUAUCAGCAAGGAAGUUUAUGACUACUGUUGCGAGAUGCAGUUUAUAGAUGUAGGUUUGUUACGGCGCUGGAGACUACCAGGAUACGAACAUUUAUGUUGUACAUCAUGUGGAGUUCCUGGUGCUGCUAGCGUGGCCGCGUCUAUAACGAGUAAAUAUGCAUUGCGCAACAAACUAGAGCAACGACACGCUUUAGAUUCAACUAAUCAAAAAAAGGCUAAUAGUUCAACCUGUAUAUGCCGUGUUCCAAUUUCUGAACGCAAUAACAGACACUUUUUUGCAUGCACUGUGUGUGGUUGUCGGGGUUGCUGCUCCACAGAUGUUUCAAACGAAAAAAAAAGUCAACGAAACAAGAAAAAAAACCUGAUAAAGAAUAAAUCACCUUAG